CUCCGCUCCGCCAGCCAUAUUGGGCUGUGGAAAUAAAGCCGCUCUAAUGGUCUAUGUCACCUGCAAAUAGCCCGGCCGGUGAGAAAAAACAACCCACCACCGCCCCCACCACCACCACGGCCUCUCCAACACUAAAGGCCUCCAAAAUGAGCCCGGCGGCUUGGCUCCCGCAGCCCACCCGCUUCCUCGCUGGCCUCAGCUUGCUCCUCUGGCUGGCACCCACGGGACUGGGCAUGGAGGUCAUGGCUCCCGCCACCAUCAACGCCUUGAACGGCUCCUCCGUGAAGCUCUCCUGCACCUUCAACUCCUGCUACAAGGUGGAGAACAAGCAGUUCUCCCUCAACUGGACAUACCAGGAGUGCAGGAACUGCUCUGAGGAGCUGUUCCUGCAGUUCCGGACCAAGAUCAUGAACAAGCAGCUGGACCGCUUUGGGAACCGCGUGGAGUUCACCGGCAACCCCACCAAGUACGACGUGUCCUUCACCCUCAAAAACGUGCAGCUGGAGGACGAGGGCACCUACAAUUGCUACGUCCUGAACCCCCCAGACCGGCACCGAGGCCAUGCCAGCAUCAGCCUGAAGGUGCUCACCAAAGAGCCCCCGAAGCACGACUCGACGGUGGCCGUCAUCGUGGGCGCCUCGGUAGGCGGCUUCUUGGCCGUGGUGAUCCUGGUGCUGAUGGUGGUGAAAUGCGUGCGCCGGAAAAAGCAGCAGAGGCUCAACACGGACGACCAGAAGACGGAGGAGGAAGGGAAGACGGACGGCGAAGGCAACCCGGACGAGGGCACCAAGUAAUGCCCCUCUGCCUGCCCCUCCCUCUCCACCCCUGUACAGCGUGACCCCCUCGAUGUGCUUCCCAGAGCAAGGAUUUCUGUCUCCCCAGAGCAUCCCUCCUGCCAUCUAAAUACCCAGCCCAGCCCGAGCAGGGUGCGGAGAGGAGUUAGUCCCCAGAGCCUGGCCAGGGGCGUGCAGCGAGGCUGCCCCUGGGGCUGGGCUGGGACCGGCUUGUCCCCUGCUCCCGCGGUGCCAGAGCCCUGUGUGGGGCCAUGGGAGAGGCUGGGGACAGGGGGCACAAGGGUGGUCCCCACAGAGAGGGGGCUGCAGCAAGGGGUGCUGGGAGGGGCAGAGGGGGGCCAGGCAGCCCCACCCCCAGAUGUUUGCACCUUAUCUCACUAGAGAAAGAGAGCAGGGCCGAUAGCCACCUGCCCUCAGGGCCACGUCUCAGCCCCAGAGCACUCCUGGUGUGCCCAUCCCCGAGGGAUCCUCCAGAGCUGCCCCAAUCCUCCUUGCAAUUCCUGUGUGCCAGUGCUGAGGGUGCUGCCACAAGAAGCUGGUGCUCCCCGGGGACUGUCCCAGCCUGCUCGGAAGGCAUCGGCCGGGUGCCGACCGUCAGCCGCGCUGUCUCUGAGCUGUGCUGGAUUUUGGAGCCACUAAUGGCUCCUGGUGUGGAAUGGAUGUACCCUUCUGCCUCCCGGGCUAUUUUUGGGCCUGAGCAUCUCAGCCAAAGGUGCUGGGCUGACUUUCUGUGCUCGAUUCCUUCUUGUGGAGGGUAGCUCUAAUGGAAAAUGUUCUGCCGAUGUGCCAAAGCGGGGUGGUGGGGAAGGCAGGGUCCGGCUGCCAUGGACGAAGAGCUGCUGGGAGGAAGAGGAGGGUCUGGGCGUUUGCUGGACAGGACUGGGCACAACUGUGGGCCCAGAGACAGGACAGCUCUGUCACCCCCGAGCACCCCAGUGGUGCUGAGGCUGCCUCUCCCUGCAGAGCACUGAACAACCCAUAACUGCCACGGCAACGCACUGCCAGCCUGCCCAGCCCCAGCCUCGCAGUGCCACCUGCCCCUGGCCCCUGGCUGCCCCCAUCCUGCAGCUCCCCCCGGUGCUCCAGGAGCUGCAGAAGCCCUGGGACAAGGGCAGGCACAGCGUACCCCACCUGGCCUGGGGCAAGCUCCCUGCCUCCCACACCAGCCCUGGCAGCUGAGCUGCGCUGGCCGGAGCUCGACCUGGGGCCUGUGGCGGGUCGCACAGGGCAAAUGCCCCGGGGAGGUGUCCCCUGCUGCCCCAGGCAUGGGCUUCCCCCACAGCAGGCGGGAUGUGGGGCAAUGCAGGGAGCCCCGGGGUCGCUGCCCAGGGCCGGUGGUGGAGGUGCCCUGCCCAGGCCCCAGGGACGAAGGGAUGGCCGCGCUCCCUGCUCUGCCCCGCGGCUUUCUGCCCCAUCCCCGUGCCCUCUGCACCCCGCUGGGCCCCGCGCUGCUCCCGUCCCCUCCGCAGCAGGAAUGUGCCGUGUCUCGCCCGCGGUUCCCCCUGUGCCCCGGGCGCCCCGUGCCCGCCGCUCUCCCCGGGCUGUGCCGGUGGGCAGCAGCCACGAGCGGCUCCGCGGGGACUGGGCUGGCAACUGUGCAGCCAGAGCUGCACACGGCCGGUCUCGCAUCUGCCUUUCGUUUCUCUCACGCAGUAUCCUUGGAUUGCAACUUGCCAAUGCAUCUGUCUGUACAUAGCUGUACACAACACAGAGAUUCUCUACAAAUAUAUGUCUACACACAGGA